AUGCCACAGCCAUACCUUCUGCAUGUACACUCCCAGCCGACAACUAUCGCACCUCAAGUCUACCACCAAUGGUAUCUCGAAGAACACAUUCGCGAUAUGGUAUACUUCAAAGUUAUGAAGAACAGUGCGAUAUAUCAGAGCACUAGCGACGCCUUACUGUCCAGUAACUCGAAUGCCCAAAAGACCGACUCCAUGCCAUUUCUUGCUCUGUACCAGACUGCUCGAAGCAAUUGUCUCGAGUCUGCAGAGUUCAAAAACAAUGUGCGGGUAAGAAGCAGGCUGUGGGACCCAGACUUGAAGAAGCAUCUGAGCGAGGUAUGCGAGCACUCAACCCAGCAGUUAAAAUUGGUCGAAGUGCUGGGCAGCUAUGAAUUCAACGAAGACGUCGCCCCUCACGUAGUCCACAUGCACUACUCCGGCCCCGACGUCGAAGGCAAGAUCCAAUUCGAGCACGUCAACGCUGUGUCGAUUCUCGACGGCUAUCGGAGAACGUUGCUCUACCGGCCAGCUGAGCAACCAGUGGAGGGUAUGCAGGAAGUCUUCUUGGUCCACGAGUUUGAGACACUUGACCCAAGCAGUCUUCUGUACGUCAGACAGGCGAUGGAGACGAUCGAGCCGACGAAUGACUGCCCAUUCACGCUUCGCUCGUACACUCUUCUCGGUUGUGAAGGCUUCGGAGGUCAGUGCCGGGCGCCGGAACGACUGGAGCGCUGA